AUGCGAGGGCAUUUGAUUGACACUGUGAGACUUGCUAUUGAAUUUAUUAGGUUUGGAGGAGGCUGUCGCGGCUACAGUUCGAGCAUAUCGUUCGAACAAAAGAUAUUGAAACUGGAAGAAGAUAAUCAGCUGGCUGAAGAAGAGAUAGCCAAGAUUCGGCGCGAAUUCGAUGCUGCAAAACAGAGUUUUUUCAAGAUUCCUGACGCUCUUAAGGGAAUGCAGAAGAUGGAUCCCAAUGGUAUAUAUGUCAAUAAGAAACUGAGAUUGGAGAAUAUUCAAGUUUAUGGCUUUGACUAUGACUAUACAUUGGCACAUUACUCUGCUAACUUACAGAGUUUGAUAUAUGAGCUUGCCAAAGAACAUUUGGUUAAUGAGCUUAGGUAUCCUGAUAGUUGCUUGGAAUUCAAAUAUGAUCCCACCUUUCCCAUUAGAGGCUUGUACUAUGACAAGCUAAAAGGGUGCCUUUUGAAGUUGGAUUUCUUUGGGUCAAUUGAGCCUGAUGGAUGCUACUUUGGUCAGCGCAAGGUACUUUACUGGAAAAUUAGGAGGGUUGGAAAGGAUUUUACUUUGGCCUGCCUUAUUGCUGAUAUUGUGCAACAUUUUGUUGACGCAAAGCUCGAGUUUGAUGCACCCUAUGUCUAUCAAGAUGUAAAUCGUGCAAUUCAGCAUGUUCACGGAAGUGGCUUGGCUCAUAGAGGAAUUCUAUCUGAUCCGCAAAGAUACCUAGUUAAAGAUGUUAGUGAUGGCUCAUUGUAA